AUGGUAAAUCAACUUAUUGAAGACAAGGGCCAAUGGACGCUUCUAUGCUUGGCGGCAGAAAACGGGCAUGAGAUGGUCGUAAAAUUGCUUCUCGACACCGGCAAAGUCAACUUGCAUAGGGAGGAGCUACAGACGGCGCUGUGGCUUGCGGAGCGAAAGGGCUAUAAAGCGAUUGUCAUUAUCAAGGGCAACACUGAUAUCGUUUUGACGGCCACGGUCUUGAUUUCACAACUGGAAGGCACAGCGCCAAUUACGGAAGUAGCGGAGUGCACGCUCGUCUUUGACAGCUUCAGGGAGUUUGUCCGUGUCAACCAGGCCUAUCUCAAUAUCAUGAUUGGCAAGGCGGGUAUCCUCUCCAGGACUCCGCUGGCUGGGCCGCCCGUGGCGUCCACAUUCAAAGAGAUGGAAAAGGUUUAUGAUACUAUCAGCAUCACCCUCAUCAAUCUCUGCGGGUCGAGAGCAACUGGCCUUACUUCUGAAGCCAACAGCCUUGGAAACACCCUUGAUCUUGCUGUCAAGCAGUACGAGGGGCUCAGCGCCUGA